CACCAACUACACAACCAUCCAUAUUCCGUCCGCGAGACUAGCUAUGCGGCUCUCCCCAUUGCCCUACUGGCCCAGGUGUCUUGCGUGGGAGGCGGCUGGUGAUGAUUGGGCCGUGGGCCGCCGGACCCCAAGCCAGCACCCUCUCCGCAACCAAAGCUAUGCAUUCGAGUUCGGCUUCAACUUCUUCGCAUUCACCCCGAAGUCCUACACACUUCUCUACAUGUAUAACCACAGUCCCAAUCGCUUAGAAUCUCACUCAGUCUUAGAAGGCUUCUUCUCCUCCCCUGGCUCCUCCCUGGGGAAGAUCAAACCCGUCGGCUACAUAACUCAUACAUACAAAUUUGUAGGGCCUUGCAUAAAUAUCCCAGCAUCAAUUCCAGCUAAACUUCUAAAGCCUAAGUCUUAUCCCCGAUUAAGCGCCAUAACCCCGCCCCCGGCGCCCCGCCCCAGCGCAUGGCCAUGCUGGCGGACCGGCCGCUACAGUUCACGGACACUGGACAGGCCGCCAAGCGAGGUGGCUAUUUGGGAAUACGUACUCUGCCUGCUAAUCACGAUUCACUACCAUCGAGUAACAUCCUCCAUUACUCUCGCCAUUGCCGCGAUAGGUGGCGCCUGGCCAAGUAGAUGUUGCGACGUGUUGUUCAGAAGCCGCCUGCUUCCAAGCCCCCAAGUACUCGCUUCUCUAACGAAGAUAGGUACAGUUGGUGGCUGAAACAUGGCUGGUGUGGCUGGUGCGGUUGGGCGUGGUUGCGGCUGGGCGCAACGUGUCAGUGCAGAUGGGCGUACGUGUAAAUAGUGCCCUUAUUUUUUGUCGUCCACAGGAGAAUUCUGUAGAUGGGAGAACACAGUAC